UUCUUUUUUCUGUCUAUUGAGUUGUUUUUUUCCUGUCGAAGUUGCUCUCCAACGUGUGCCAUCAUGCUCCCUGCCUUUAAGUUGUACUAGUACUGCAGUGAUCGGUUCGUCAUAUUUUUCAUGGGUUUCUUUUGGAAGUUGCAGAAAGUUUCAGCGGGGAGAGGAAUUCGGCAGGGUUUGGUGGACUCAGCAAUUUCAGUGCUUCAUUGCGCUUGCGAAGCGGUACUGAUAGUUUCGAAUUGAAGGGAGCCUUGGGGUGAGAGAUUGCUGGCCGUGCAGAAUGAUUGAAUCAUUUCGAUGCCAUAUUUUAGGGUUUAGGAGGUUGUCAAGAGUGCCCGUUGAGCUCCAUUGUGAUAAGUUUCUGAAUGGUUAGGGUUCAUGUCACUCAGGAAGCGGAAUUGUGCUCCAUAGCGACUGUAGGAGAUAUUGGCUCCACCCAAAAAGUUAUGAAGAAAGAGAAAGUGAGUAUACUGAAUUCACAAGGAUUGAAAUUGGUGGGCGAGCUCGAAGACACAGGAUCGAAGGACCUCUGUGUCCUCUGCCAUGGUUUCCAAUCGUCCAAGGAACUCCCGACCUUUGUCUCGGUCUCGAAGGCUCUGACAGAAUCAGGGUUCAGCACCUACAGGUUCGAUUUCACCGGCAACGGUGAGAGCAACGGCGAGUUUGCAUAUGGCAAUUAUUGGCGUGAGGCGGAGGACAUACGGUCAGUCGUGAAUUACUGGCGAUAUCGCGGCUGGCGGGUGAUUUCCUUAAUUGGACACAGCAAAGGAGGCAACGCAGUCUUGCUGUAUGCGUCCAAGUAUAAGGAUGUCGCAAGCAUUGUGAACAUCAGCGGACGAUUCGACUUGAGGAGAGGCAUCAAGGGACGACUGGGUGGUAGCAAGGGAGUGCAGAAGCUUAAAGAAGACGGGGUGCUGGAUGUUUACGACAGAAACGGGAACUUUGAGUUUCGUGUUUUAAAGAGCGACCUAGAUGAGAGGUUAGCAACUGAUAUGCACAAAGCCUGUCUUGCGAUUCCCGAGCAUUGCAGUGUGCUGAACGUUCACGGAUCUGCUGACGAGAUUGUACCGGCAGAAGAUGUGCACGAGUUUGGCAAAAGGAUACGAAACAACGUCGUGCACGUCAUUGAUGGAGCAGAUCACAACUACAAGUUGCAACAGCAAGAAAUUGCUAGAUUGGUUGCGGAUUUCGUCCGGUCGAUUCCUAGGCCACCACUUCGGGCUUCACUCUGAAUAUGGUAAGAAUUCCACAACUCCGAACACAGUCUAGAAUACUAGAAAACGUAUUUGCUUGUACAGAUUUGUAGUGAAAGUUACUACCACUGAACAAAAGAUCUUUCAGUCGAGGGCUGAGAAAGACCACAUAUUAUGCUAUAUCGUCAGGUUGGGAUUUACUGAAUAGGUUAUGUCGAACUAGACAGUGCACAAAAACCAUGUUUUGGUGAUUAUAUGCUUUAGCCUAUCUCCCCAAAAUCUAAAGGAAUUCGUGUUCUUCAUCUUGCAUUUUGAAGGAUACGAGUUUUUAGCUGUAUAUAGAUUGUGGUUUAUUUUAGUUCACAACUUUGAUUGAAUGUAGUUUGUUCAAUAGAACAGUAUACAAUUUGAAUUAAAAAAGAUCAAUAAGGUGAUUAGCUGAAAAGUAUGAGGGACAUCAGCCUAUAAGCUGUCUGAAAUGUGUGGUAAAUGAUAUAUUUUCAACUUUUAUAUAUUUCA